CCAAAGCUUGAGAGAAAGGACUGCAUUUAAUCGCGCAGUGAAGAAUCCGCAACUACAACCGUGUCUCGUUGUUUCACCUUCCUCCGCUUUUCCUCACCAGUAUGAUGUUGUCAUGAGGAAUGUACAGUAGGUUUACCUGCGAUAUUUGACAGCCAAGAACUGAAUAUUCUUUCAGCACUUCCCUCCCGGACAAGCACAGUUUUUCGCGUGCACUUUUUUGGUGAUGCUGUUUGGAUCCUAGGCUAAAAAAAGCCAGAAGCACGUUUGCCCGCCUGUAUGUUGUCAGAAAGGUUAUUGGGUAUGUAGUGUAAUGUAGCCAGGUAUCUGAAUAUUGCUCUGUGUUCUGCUAACUUCUUAUAAUUGGAUUGCACAUCACAAGUCAAAGAUUUCUUCCUCCUCCGACCUCGGGUGCUGUGGACUAGGAGGAAACAUGGGACUGCCUGCUCUGGAGUUUAGUGACUGCUAUCUGGACAGUCCCCAGUUCCGAGACAGAUUGAAGUCUCACGAACUGGAACUGGACAAGACCAAUAAAUUCAUCAAAGAGCUGAUCAAAGAUGGGAAGGCGCUCAUCCAAGCACUGAAAAAUCUGUCCACAGCCAAGAGGAAGUUUGCAGAGUCUCUCAAUGAGUUUAAGUUCCAGUGCAUAGGAGACGCAGAGACGGACGACGAGAUAUGUAUCGCAAAGUCUCUACAGGAGUUUGCUGGAGUUUUGCAGAACCUGGAGGAUGAGAGAACGCGGAUGAUUGAGAAUGCAGAUGAUGUGCUGAUUAUGCCACUGGAGCGGUUCAGGAAGGAGCAGAUCAGUGCUGCCAAGGAAGCCAAGAAGAAAUAUGACAAAGAGACAGAGAAGUACUGUGCUGUACUGGAGAAGCACCUAAGCCUAUCAGCAAAGAAGAAAGAAGCACAUCUUCAUGAAGCAGACAGUCAGGUGGACCACGUGCGGCAGCAUUUCUACGAGGUGUCUCUGGAGUAUGUGUUCAAGGUGCAGGAGGUCCAGGAGAGGAAGAUGUUUGACUUCGUAGAGCCGUUACUGGCAUUUCUUCAAGGGCUGUUUACUUACUACCACCAUGGGUACGAGUUGGCCAAAGACUUCAACCACUUCAAGACAGACCUCACCAUCAGCAUUCAGAAUACACGGAACCGUUUUGAAAGCACACGGUCUGAGGUGGAGUGUCUGAUGAGGAAGAUGAAGGAGAACCCCCAUGAACACAAGAGUAUCAGCCAUGACACCAUGGAGGGAUACCUGUUUGUACAGGAGAAACGCUCUUUCGUGUCAACCUGGGUCAAGUACUACUGCACCUACCAUCGAGAGCCCAAACGAGUCACCAUGGUCCUGUUCGACCAGAAGUCUGGAGGCAAAGUGGGGGAGGAGGAGAGCUUCACUCUGAAGUCCUGCACAAGGCGGAAGACGGACUCUAUAGAGAAGAGGUUCUGUUUCGACGUGGAGGCUGUAGACAGGUCAGGCGUGAUCACCAUGCAGGCUCUAUCGGAGGAAGACCGCAGGCUGUGGAUGGAAGCUAUGGAUGGGAGAGAACCGGUCUAUAACUUAAACAGAGACAGCCAGAGCGAAAGCAUGGCCCAGCUGGAUGUGGUUGGCUUCAACGUUGUGAAGAAGUUCAUCUAUGCUGUGGAGACCAGAGGCAUUGAUGAGCAGGGCCUGUACAGGAUUGUUGGAGUAAACUCCAGGGUGCAGAAACUCCUGGGUCUCGCCAUGGAUCCCAAAACCUGUGCUGACGUGGAGCUGGACAGUACAGAAUGGGAGAUCAAGACCAUCACCAGUGCAAUCAAGUACUACCUCAGAAUGCUGCCCGCGCCCCUUAUGACUUAUCAGUAUCAAAGGAGCUUCAUCAAGGCAGCCAAACUGGACAAUCAGGAGGCAAGGAUCACAGAGAUCCACAGCAUCAUCCAUCGGCUCCCAGAGAAAAACCGCCAGAUGCUGGACCUGCUUACCAAACACUUGGCAAAUGUGGCCAGUCACCACCAGCAGAACCUGAUGACUGUGGCCAAUCUGGGCGUGGUGUUCGGCCCCACCCUGCUGAGGCCCCAGGAGGAGACUGUGGCCGCCAUCAUGGACAUCAAGUUCCAGAACAUUGUGGUAGAGAUCCUCAUCGAAAACCAUGAGAGGAUAUUCAAGGAUAUGCCAGUUCCGGGAGGUGGCCCGGCCAACCUACAGCUCAACCUGCAGUCUCGGAGGAGGAGCACCGAGAACAAGGCCCCGUCCUGCAGCGAAAGACCCCUCACCCUCUUCCACACACCCACACACACCCAGAAAGUUGAGAAGAGGAACAGCGUGGUAGUGAACUCUACUCCAGAGCCCCAGCAGCCUCAGCCGACCCAGGCCAAUGCCCCCCACAACAACCGCUCAGCCACCCGCUCUUCCUCCUCAGCAGCGGACAACCAUAACAGCAGCGGUAGCCACGGCCACGGGUGGACCCCACGCAACAGCCUGACCAGCACUGACGGAGACCAGGACGGGGGCCUGAUGGCUAGGCAGAACUCACAGAGCCGCCCUAACUCACUGCUGAACCCAAAGAGCCGCACCAGUAUCCCAACGAGCCCAGCCUCACCGCGCUCCCCCUCCUGGCCGAUGUUCUCUGCAUCCUCCAGCCCCCAGCCGGCUUCCUCCACCUCCAGUGACUCCUCCCCUAUCAGCGUCCCAGGCAGGAAGGCUAGGGCCCUCUACGCCUGCAAGGCCGAGCACGUCUCUGAGCUCUCAUUCAUCGCAGGAACCAUCUUUGAAAAUGUUCAUCCCUCCAGGGAGCCUGGCUGGCUGGAAGGCACCCUAGACGGCAGGAAGGGCCUGAUACCGGAGAACUAUGUGGAGUUUCUGUAGCCCUGGACCAGGACUGUACUGGACUGGGGAGACCACACAGUUGCACUGUGCUCCUACAAGUUAUUGGAAGAGUCUGGAGCACAGAUGGCUUCCUGCUGUGCAUGGUCAUGAAUCUGGAAUUCAGCAGCAGACAGAUGUGUGUGUGUGUGUGUGUGUGCGUGCAUGAGAUGCAUUGAGUUGUUGCUACGAUGGCUCAUUCCCCUAUUCAGACAGUCCUUGUGUCAUUAAAAUGCACUGCCACUUCUUUUAACGUCUUCUAUUAUCAGUUGGGACUUUGGAAGAUGUUUCAGUUUUGGGAUGGGAAAAGGGGAAGUUCACUCAGCAGCCCUACUUCUCUUCUAGUGUACUGUUUAUAGGAAUGGAGUUGAUUGUGUUGGGAGUGUUCAUCUCUAAAUGAUGGGGGGCGUUUUUCAGUGAGUACUGCUAUAAAUGUGAGCACUUGCUGCCUUGCCCGGUAUUCCCCUAGACAAGACAGAACACAACUGCUGUUUCCCUACCUGCACAGUAUAGAGGUGGGAGCAUCCUGAAUGUCUUUACUCCCUGUUAGACAGAUUUUGUAUUAGCUAAUUUUUGCUCAGAACUACUAGGUGAAAUUGUCUCGAUAAACUUGGAAAGGAAGUUAACGGAACUGUUUUCAUUUAGGACAAUAUAACAUAAUUUGUUUUGUAUUUUUUUAAUUUUCUUAACGUAUAUAAAUGGGGAGUGUUAUGUGAAACUAGACUACUUUGUUCAUAUGUAAGCCUCGUAUUUAUAAUAAUUUUCAAAGAUGAGAUCCUGAACUGUAUUCUUUUGGGAUGUUUUACCAUUGUAAAUACAUGAGAUUUGAUAAGAUCAAUUUUUUUAACUAUCAAAUUUUAUAUUUUGUAUUGUAGCAUACUAAGUUAAUUUUAGCAUCUCAGUUGCUAAAUUUGUUUUUAUUUGGUUCAUGUCCAUUGGGAGCCUUAAUAUUAUUUCUGAUUAAAUGAAUCAUGAACAAAGGUUGUACAGAAUUUCAUCUAUUAAAGAUAAACGAACUGGCA